UAAAAAUAUUGCAGAACAAUUUUUUUUUUAAAUAUAAUAAAGAUCUGCUAAAAGCAACGAACUAUUAUCAUAUUCUAUAGUUCUAUUUUUUUUGCGUAUAUUGGCAACACUACUGACAUGAUAUCUAUCAAAGUUAUUUCCACGGUUGAUUCUUCUGUUAAAUCGUGGUUGGAAUAUAAAUACGAAGAAUACGUGACGUAUAAAACAUUUUAGUUAUUUAAAUGAACAUUAGACAUUAAUGAAACUAGUUCAUAACUAGUACUUAUUAAUAUAUCGUGAAAGUUUUAUUAUUCACCGUACAAUGACACAAUUCACUUAUGUAUAUCAAUAAUUAGUUGUUUACAAUAACAUAACCUAUCAAAUUAUGGAUGUUCCAACUCCUUCAAAUGUAAAUCAUGGAUUUUCCCAUAAUACUGAUGGAUUUUUAAAUAUAUCUAUUGAAUCUCCAAAUUUGGAUCCAUUGUCAACAAAACGUAGAAGUUCUUCACGUACAAUAAAGCGUAGAAAAUUUGAUGACGAGCUUGUUGAAACAACAUUCAACUUACAACCUCCAGCUACAAGUACAAAGUCUGCCUCCAGAUCUAGAACUGUCUCAAUUUCUACUACCCCAAUAGAGUCUGCUGUUCCACAACAAAAUGCACCAAGUCCUAUUCAGGUUUCUACCAAUGUUUCUCAAUCGGAUAGAUGUAACAGACGAACAAGUAGACCAGGAGCGUCGAAUGCUCCAGGACGAAAAAAUAAGAAGAAUAAAAAUCAUUCACAUUCAGUAAAUGCAACAAAAGAUCUAGGAAGAUGGAAACCAACAGAUGACUUAGCAUUAAUCACUGGUGUGCAACAGACAAAUGAUUUAAGAAUGGUUCACAGAGGUACAAAAUUUUCUUGCCGUUUUACAUUGCAAGAAAUACAACAAAGAUGGUACGCUUUGUUAUACGACAGUGCUGUUUCAAGAGUAGCAGUACAAGCUAUGCGUAAUUUACAUCCAGAAUUAAUUGCUAGUGUGCAAGCAAGAACUUUAUACAGUAAAGCAGAGGAAGAUCUUCUGGGUACAAUAAAAUCGAUUACUCAACCAACGGUAGAAGUUUUUCAAGAACUUCUUGAAGCAAAUGCUCAUACAUUUUAUUCUGCCCGAACUGCAAAAGCUUUAUUAGCUCAUUGGCAGUUAAUGAAACAAUAUCAUCUUCUUCCUGACCAAACUGUACAAAGUUUACCACGGGGUGAACACGUUCUUAAUUUUUCUGAUGCAGAAGAAAUGAUCAAUGAUACAGAAUUAAUGGAACAGAAAGAUGAGUUAGUAGAUGCAGAACUUAUUGCAGCAGAUAGGAGAAAUAAAAGAGAAAUAAAAGUGUUAGAAAAUGAAUUGUGUAGAUGGCAGGUUCUAGUUGAUAGCGUAACAGGAGUAAAUCCACCAGAUUUUGAUAAUCAAACUUUAGCGAUACUUAGGGGAAGGCUUGUUAGAUAUUUAAUGAGAUCACGAGAGAUUACUGUGGGUCGUUCAACAAAAGACCACAAUGUGGAUGUAGAUUUAACAUUAGAAGGACCAGCCUGGAAAAUAUCAAGAAGACAAGGAACUAUUCGGCUAAGAAAUAAUGGAGAUUUCUUUCUUUCUUCAGAGGGAAAACGACCAAUUUUUGUAGACAGCAGGCCCAUUCUUGCAGGAAAUAAAAUGAAGCUUAAUAACAAUAGUGUAAUUGAGAUUGCAGGUCUGAGAUUUAUAUUUUUGAUAAAUCAAGAACUGAUUUCUGUUAUACGUCAAGAGGUAGUCAAACUAAAUUUGAAACCAUGAGUGUUCUAUUUCAUUCCAUAAUUAAUAUUGUGUACUACUAUAAAUAAUGUAUUGUCUCGUAUACGUUUAUCGUAUUAUAUAUA